AUGACAUGGCAGGAGGUGAAAGAUGACCAGGGCAGAGUCUACUACUAUAACAGCGAGACUCAGGAAACAUCAUGGGAGAAUCCAGAAGCUGCAGCGGCACUGGGAUGGACGACUUAUACCACAGAUGAUGGAAAAGAAUACUACUACAAUAACUCCACGGGAGAAACGACUUGGGACAAGCCGGAGGAGCUUGCGGCUCAAUCUGAGGAUAAAACAGAGGAUUCUGGAAAAGCAUCUAAAAAUGGUGAGGAUUCUGUUGUGCAAGAGAUAGAUCAGAAGCCAGAUUCGUUAACAGAAGAGGAACAGAAAUUGGCACUGGAAGCAGUGGUUGUCAGCAAGCUCAGUGAUAGUGUGUUGCGAACCCCUCCAUCGGAAGCGCAUGAAAAUUUCAACAAGAUGCUCGAGGAUGGAGGUGUAGACUCUACUUGGUCUUUCGAUCGAGUCAUGAGAGACUUUGUCUCGCGGCCCGAAUACUGGGGGCUCAAAAGCGCCAUUGAACGUAGAAACACGUUCGAGGAAUUCUUGGUGAACAAGCUUAAGGUACAGUCACUGAACAAGACCGAGCUUCUAGAGUCUUUCCGGAAGAAUUUCUUGGACGUAUUGCAGGGCUACCAUGAGAAGGGCUAUAUCCAGCCUCAUACGCGUUGGAUCUCCAUUAGAAGUCGUUUGAUUGAGGAGGAAAAUCCCAUUUUCAAAAACUCCGUGGUUCCUGACUCUAAGAUCGAGCAAAUAUACCUUGGCUUCACCAACGAGCUCUUGGCACAGAAAACCACCGAGGAUAACAAGCUCAAGGACCAGGCUCUUGCGGAAUUGGAAUCUUACCUAUUGCAAAUCACUGCGGGCUCAAAAAAGUACGCUACCUCAUGGCUGAGCCUUGAUGCAACCCUACAAACUGACCCAAGAUUUAAAGCCAAUAAGCACUUCAAAAUAUUGACUAAAGUCGAUAUCGUUCUGCUAUAUACUGAGAAGGUGUACCCUAAAAUCGUGAAGAACAUUAGUGAUGAUCUUGCUUCAAUAGAGAAGGUCAACUAUCGAUCCGAUCGCAAAGCUCGUCAAGCUUUCAAACAGAUUCUUCAAAGUAAAGCUAUCCAAGCAAACUCUUCAUUCAUGGACCUAAAUAUCGAGGACGAAGACGCAUUUAUCGAGAUUUGUGGCAGAAAAGGAUCCUCUCCUUUGCAGCUCUUCUGGGAUAUAGUCGAGGAGAAAAAGCAGCUAUUAAGAGUCAAGAAGGAUUUGAUUGAACAUAGUCUCUCUUCUCUGAAUGAAGAAGGCCUAUUCGAGAAGGCAAUGAAUUCUUUCGAUAACUUCAUUAAUUCCUUAAAAUCACUUAAAGAUGAGAGUCUAUCAGUUUUUGACUUCGAAGACGAAUCAACGUUCGAUGAAUUGAAAGCUCUCUAUGAUACUAUAAAGAGCGAUAAAGAAGCUCAGAAACAGAAGACAAUCUUGCGGAUCAAGCAUGAGCUCGAGGACCACGCAAACGCGUUGUCCACAUGGAUUGUUAGGAACCAGACUCUAUUGAAGCCAAUAUCGGGCCAUAGUGACAGAGAAAAUAAAGAUGCGGAGAAGGAUAAUAUUCAAUUGGAUGAAUGGAAAAUCGCUUUGGAAGAAGCAGCACCCUACAAAGCCUUGCACAAGUUGAUACAAGAACAAUGCGAGCUCACUGAAGAAGAGACAGAUACAAAAGAGCGCGAAAUUUUACAGAGUAGUAUCAAAAGUGCUCUAGAGAAUUUGGAUGUUACUGCAAAGCACAGACAAAUGCCCGAAACUCAGAAACCAGAAGCAAAAAGAGCUAGAACAGACUCUGAGAAAAAGCCUGUUCUCAUGAAUUAUUAA